AUGGCAGUCUUCGGAGAAGCUGCUCCCUAUUUACGUAAGACUGAGAAGGAGAGAAUUGAAGCCCAGAACCGCCCAUUUGAUGCUAAGACAGCCUGUUUUAUAGUGGAUGAAAAGCAAAUGUAUGUGAAAGCUACCAUACAGAGUAGAGAAGAAGGCAAAGUCACAGUUAAAACAUAUGAUGAUACAACCGUGACUGUAACAGAUGACCAAGUCUUUCCCAUGAACCCUCCCAAGUAUGAUAAAAUUGAGGACAUGGCCAUGAUGACCCACCUCCAUGAACCUGCAGUGCUGUACAACCUCAAAGAGCGUUACGCAGCCUGGAUGAUCUAUACCUACUCGGGUCUCUUCUGUGUCACCGUCAACCCCUACAAGUGGCUGCCGGUGUACAGCCCGCAGGUGGUGGCUGGCUACCGAGGCAAGAAGCGCCAGGAGGCCCCUCCACACAUCUUUUCCAUCUCUGAUAAUGCCUAUCAGUCCAUGCUGAUUGAUUCUUGCAACCAGUCAAUCCUUAUCACCGGAGAAUCCGGAGCAGGGAAAACUGUGAACACGAAGCGAGUCAUCCAGUACUUUGCAACAAUUGCAGUCAGUGGUGACAAAAAAAAAGAAGAAAAGAGUGGCAAACUGCAGGGAACUCUGGAGGAUCAAAUCAUCAGCGCCAAUCCACUGCUGGAGGCCUUUGGCAAUGCCAAGACUGUGAGGAACGACAACUCCUCGCGCUUUGGAAAAUUCAUCCGGAUUCACUUUGGAAGAACUGGCAAGCUGGCCUCUGCAGAUAUUGAAACCUAUCUCCUGGAGAAAUCCAGAGUCACUUUUCAGCUGUCCAGUGAAAGAAGCUAUCAUAUUUUUUAUCAGAUAAUGUCCAACAAGAAGCCGGAGCUCAUUGAUCUCCUCCGUAUCUCCACCAACCCCUACGACUUCCAGUACAUGAGCCAAGGAGAAGUCACUGUUGCCAGUAUUAAUGACGCUGAGGAACUGCUGGCGAUGGAUAAUGCCGUGGACAUCCUGGGCUUCAGUCCUGAUGAGAAGGAGGGGAUAUAUAAGGUGACUGGGGCUGUCAUGCACUAUGGGAACAUGAAGUUCAAGCAGAAGCAGCGUGAGGAGCAGGCAGAGCCAGAUGGCACAGAAGUGGCUGACAUAGCUGCCUCCCUCAUGGGUCUGAAUUCUGCUGAUUUUCUCAAGGCUUUAUGCUAUCCCAGAGUAAAAGUCGGGAAUGAAUAUGUAACUAAAGGACAAAGUGUACAACAGGUAUACAAUUCAGUGGGUGCAUUGGCUAAAUCAGUCUACGAGAAGAUGUUCCUGUGGAUGGUUAUUCGCAUCAAUCAACAGCUGGAUACGAAGCAACCCAGAACGUUCUUCAUUGGUGUCCUGGACAUUGCUGGCUUUGAGAUCUUUGAUUUCAACAGCUUGGAGCAGCUGUGCAUCAACUUCACUAAUGAGAAACUGCAACAGUUCUUCAACCACCACAUGUUCGUGCUGGAGCAGGAGGAGUACAAGAAGGAAGGAAUUGAUUGGGAAUUCAUUGACUUUGGGAUGGACCUGGCUGCCUGCAUUGAGCUCAUUGAGAAGCCCAUGGGCAUCUUCUCCAUCCUGGAAGAGGAGUGCAUGUUCCCCAAGGCAACUGAUACCUCUUUCAAGAACAAGCUCUAUGACCAACAUCUGGGCAAGAACAAAAACUUCCAGAAGCCAAAGCCUGCCAAAGGCAAGGCUGAGGCUCACUUCUCUCUGGUACACUAUGCUGGCACAGUGGACUACAACAUCGCUGGCUGGCUUGACAAGAACAAGGACCCCCUGAAUGAAACUGUUGUGGAGCUGUACCAGAAAUCAUCCUUGAAGCUGCUGUCCUUCCUUUUCUCUAACUAUGCGAGUGCAGAAACAAAGCAGUCCAAUGAUAAUUCUGGUGGCAAGAAGGGUGGUAAGAAGAAGGGUGGCUCUUUCCAGACGGUGUCUGCUGUUUUCAGGGAAAAUCUAAAUAAGUUGAUGACUAACCUGAGAAGUACCCAUCCUCACUUUGUGCGAUGCCUGGUUCCUAAUGAGACCAAAACACCUGGUGAAAUGGACCAUUUCUUGGUGAUGCAUCAGCUGCGGUGCAAUGGAGUUCUAGAAGGCAUCCGAAUUUGCAGAAAAGGGUUUCCAAGCAGAAUCCUUUAUACAGACUUCAAGCAACGGUACAAGAUACUUAAUGCCUCAGCCAUUCCAGAUGACCAAUCCACUGACAGCAAACAGGCUUCAGAAAAGCUUCUUUCCUCCAUUGAUGUUGACCACAGCCAAUACAAAUUCGGCCACANNNAGGUGUUCUUCAAAGCAGGUCUCUUGGGAGUCCUGGAAGAGAUGAGAGAUUAUAAGCUUGUGAGCCUCAUCACUACUAUACAAGCUAUCUGCAGAGGGUUCCUCAUGAGAAAUAAAUACAAGAUAAUAAGUGGAAAAAGAGAAUGCAUUUAUAUCCUCCAGAACAAUAUUCGUGCAUUCUUGAACACCAGGCACUGGCCCUGGAUGAAUCUGUUGACCAUGAUCAAACCCUUGAUGAAGAAGGCAGAAUCUGAGAAGGAGAUAGCCAACAUGAAAGAGGAGUUUGAGAAGACCAAGGAAGAGCUUGCAAAGUCUGAGGCAAUAAGGAAAGAGCUGGAGGAGAAAAUGGUGACCCUGGUGCAAGAGAAAAAUGAUCUGCAACUUCAGGUUCAAUCUGUGAGUGAAAAUCUAGCUGGUGCUGAAGAGAGAUGUGGAGGACUCGUCAAAAAUAAAAUCCAGCUGGAAGCUAAAAUUAAGGAACUAAGUGAACGAAUGGAGGAGGAAGAGGCGACAAAUGCUGACCUGACAGCAAAGAAAAGGAAACUUGAAGAUGAGUGCUCUGGGCUGAAGAAAGAUAUUGAUGAUCUUGAACUGACUCUGGCCAAAGUGGAAAAGGAGAAACAUGCAACAGAGAAUAAGGUUAAGAAUCUUACCGAAGAGAUGGCAGCUCUGGAUGAAAAUAUUUCUAAACUCACUAAGGAGAAAAAGGCCCUCCAGGAAGCCCACCAUCAGACACUGGAUGACUUGCAAGUUGAGGAAGACAAAGUCACAGCACUCAGCAAAACCAAGACCAAACUGGAGCAGCAAGUAGAUGAUCUUGAAAGAUCUCUGGAAGAAGAGAAGAAACUGCGAAUGGACCUUGAGAGAGCAAAAAGAAAACUAGAAGGAGAUCUGAAAAUGUCUCAGGAUUCCAUUAUGGAUCUAGAAAAUGAUAAGCAACAGAUGGAUGACAGACUAAAAAAAAAGGAUUUUGAAAUCAGACAGUUGCAAGGUAACAUAAAAGAUGAGCAGGCUCAUAGUUCUCAGCUGCAAAAGAAAAUUAAGGAGCUUCAGGUUCGAACAGAGGAACUGGAGGAGGAAAUUGAGGCAGAACGAACCUCUCGGGCAAAAGCAGAGAAGCAUCGGGCUGACCUCUCGAGGGAGCUGGACGAGAUCAGCGAGCGCCUGGAAGAAGCAGGAGGGGCUACGGCAGCUCAGGUUGAGAUGAACAAGAAGCGUGAGGCCGAGUUCCAGAAGAUGCGUCGUGACCUCGAAGAGGCCACGCUGCAGCACGAAGCCACGGCUGCUGCCCUGCGGAAGAAGCACGCGGACAGCACCGCUGAGCUUGGGGAGCAGAUCGACAACCUGCAGCGAGUGAAGCAGAAGCUGGAGAAGGAGAAGAGUGAGCUGAAGAUGGAGAUGGACGACUUGGCCAGUAACAUGGAGUCUGUCUCCAAAUCCAAG